GUCAUCGUAGUAUGGCAGCCUCCAGAACCGACAUUUUUGUCGUACGCUGUCUGGUUUAAAACUAUUUGAAACUACCGUUUCUAAUUUUUAAUGGUGUGAAUUAUGGUCAAAAUUGAAAUCUUCAUACGUUUCAGGCUUGAAGCUUUUAUCUGUGAGAAAGUCAGCGAGCUAUGACACCUCACUACGUUGUCAACAGCUAGUAAGGGUAUUGUUGUGCACGGUGCUACUGUAUCUGGCACGUAUGCGCUGAAGAGACUUCCAGUAAUGCAGCGUUGGCUUGUUUUUGCGAGGAGAAAUCUGCUGACCUGUGGCGUAACCUGCAAUACCACAAGAGCAUCGUCAACUGGGCCAACAGAAUCGAAGAUACUUAACAAACUGAAGGAAGCCCUCAACCCGCAAGAGCUCCUGGUUGAGAACGAGAGCUACAUGCACAAUGUUCCCAAAGGAUCUGAAACACACUUCCGGGUGACUAUCGUGUCGUCCGCGUUCGAGGGUAAAAGUUUAGUGCAGAAGAGACCUCUAGGACACAUUCGCAAAUUGGCAGGAGUGCUGGGAGCGCUAUGUUGCUGUGCAAGGGAACUAUUGUCAAAGCAACAUGCCAUGGUGUAUGCUGCAUUGAAAGACGAGCUGAAGAAUCCGGUUCAUGCUCUCUCAGUUGAGACGUCGACGCCGGACAAGUGGCAGUCAAAGACAGGAAAAUCGCCACCUUGCCUUGGGGGGAUGAAGAGGGAAGGCUGAGACAAAGACUGAAGCAGUUGUAGCGACUGGGGUUGUUCGCAUGGCUCUAGGGAAUGCUGGUCGUCUGUUAUGGAAAGGAAAAAAGGGCAUGCAAUCAUUAUAUAGUUAUGCUUGUUGUUUAUUUUAAUGGUUAUAUUGUUUUAUAGUGCCUUCAUUUUGUCUACUGUUACACUAAGGUAAAUCGAAAAUGACUUGAACGAAUGUCUUCGUUUAAUGAACAAUUGUAGAAUUGCCGCGUCGGUAGUGAACCAUUAUAUUUGCAUUUCACCUUAAAUGAAUUAUUGCUUUAGCGAACACUCUCUUGAUAUUGAUUGAAAUUCUUUCAACUACAGUUUAUUGUAUAUCAGCACAGCGAAGGUUCAGUCUGAAAAAAAGAGAAAGAGAAGAAAACACACCAUUUGCCAAGCUUUAGCAGCUCCGAAUUCUUUCAGGAAGCAGUGUAUGUCAUGUGGUAACGAGUGCACUAUAUACCAAAGUAUUGUUUAUGAUGAUAAAAACCUUACGUAUACUGCCAGAGCCACAUUUUAACUUCAUGGUUGAGAGCACGCAGAGCUGUAAAAAAAGAAGCCUCUGUAAAAUGGCUUUACCCACAAAAUGUUUGCUUGUUAAUUAAGGAUAACGGUUGACCUUUCAUAUAGGUCUCUUUGUAGCAGACUUUCGUCACUCAUUUAAUUUACUUUCUGCAUUAGGCGCGAAGAUAUACAGGGGCUCCAUCUACCGAAAAUGUGAAGCUGACGUAUUACGAGAAAUAAUGUGGCGUGCUCCUCAUGCGUAGUCUCUCUGCCAGUGCGUUAAUGAAGCACCACGUGCGUGUCCUCCUGGACAUUUCUGAAAGUGCCUCCAAAACACGGGGAGUUGGUAACUGCCGAAUGACUGGUCGAGAGAAAAAUGCAAAUACAGAACACUUUACACACACCGUAUCUUCACAAAAUACAAUGCAAGGCUACUGUUCGGCUAGUUCGGAAAACUCACUCAUGAAUCGACUCACUUAUACCAAUCCAUGAGUCUGAGGGAGUAUGGUCAAACUGAGUAGAGCUGCAUGUGACUAGACGUGCGGCACUUUUCUCACGGGAUUUCGCUGGCUUUUUCAGGCUUUGAAAAAACUUUUAUUUAGCAUGUAUUGA